AGAGCAUCUUCUGUCUCUCUCUUCUGUCUCUCUCUCCCGGUCGCUGCCAUGGCUUGCGCCGAGCAGCCUAUCAAAAAGCGUCGGCUGUACGAGUCAAUCCCUGAAUCUCAGCCUCAGCCUCCGCCACCGCAACUGGAAUCCCCAUCUCCUUCUACGGUAGCGAGCUCAUUCCCUGCUCCGGUGACGCCGUCGCCUCCAUCUCAGGAGGAAAUUCAAACGAGAAACAGGAACAGAGAAGAGAUUAGAAGAGUGCAUGACUGCUAUAAGCGUCUUAAAUCUUGUAUUGCUCAGAGAGAUGGCGGCGGCCGCUCUGCGAAUCUUGAGCAAGCUUAUCGCUCUCUCAUCUCCGCUUCCAGAGGUUGUACUAGCGUUAAGCGCCUUGUGGCUGAUCUCCUUCCUCGAUAUUCACUGUACUGCCCUACUGCUAUCGGAGAUGCAAUUCAAGCUGUUAUCGACAUGCAUAACUUUAGCUUGGAAGCUUUAAAGAGAGGACAAGAUGCUGAUGGUAUUGCUUUUCAAACUGCUAAAGCCUGCAUAUUUGGUCUAGUUGACCUAUGUUCUGCUGCUUAUUCAAAGAAAACGUCAUCACCAGGGGCUCGUGAUAUAUGCUCUGCUGUGUUCAGAAAUGUGUUAACCUUCUUUGUGCUGUCCUUUGAGGGGAAAGAUAUUUUCCAGAUAGUUGACAAGAGUGAUUUGGCGGUGCAAGAACCUGACAAAAAAAUUUCUCAGCUGAUGCAAAAACUUUCAGAUGGAAACUCGUUACCUUUGAUGAAACUAUCCCAAUUUCGUGUUUUAGCUUUACUGAAAGUAUUCUUCAACUUCCCUAAAAAAUCAAUUGCCACUUGUUUCGGAUUCUUCAAUUCAUCAUCAACAGAAGAUGUAGCCACGGGGAGGUAUCUCAUUACUCAUAUGACAGAAAAGAUUAAUGAUAGUGAUGCCGCUAGUAAUGAACCUGAAGUAGACGAGAAUUCUGGUCAGACAGGUUCUAACAAUAUAGAGGCUACUGGUAAGAAUGUGGAAGUGUUGAAUGGGGUCCAAGAAGAAUCCAACAGUCUAACGAACUGCUUGUUAGGAAUGGUUAUUAGGAAGAGUCCCUCCACUGGUAGGUGGGCCUUCUUUCAGUAUAAGAAAAUAUGCAGCCUGUCAUCCUUUGUGGAUAUAUCCAGUGCUAUUCCUUCUCUAGAAGAAAUCUUUGGAUAUCUGGGGAAAAAUAUCAAGUUAGAAGAUUGUCAACUGGAGAGUGACGAGGAUGAUUAUGGAAAAUCACUUUCACAUGUGAAACCUCACAGUUCUGCAGAAAAUGAUGUCCGCUCUAGUGCUGGAUCAGUUUAUGAUGCGGGAGGUUCACGAUCAAUGGAUUUUGAGACUGUUGACCAGAGAGACUUGUCAUGUGGUAGAUCUUCAGUCCCAAGGGGAUUAGUAAACCAUCAUACACCGUCUCCUUCUGCAAGAGUUCCUUCAGAUUUAAGGACCAACUCUGCGGAUCGUAGGAACAAUUUUGUUCUUGCAGGAUCACCUGUUUAUCAGGCAGCACCCCAUGUCCCUUCAUCUGGGCAAAUUGUUUGGUAUUUGGAUGGGGACCCCACUGCUUAUGACAUAUAUCCGGCUUCGGGGCAGUUGUGGUUAGGUUAUUUAGGACCAGAUGAAACUGAAGGUCAUCUAAGGUUUCAGCUUGAUAGGUACGGUCCCGUAGACCGUUUCUUUUUUGAUCCAGUGAAAGGAUUUGCCCUAGCGGAAUAUAGAAGUAUAAUUGAUGCAAUCAGAGCUCGUGAAUAUCUGCGAGCGCAAUUUCCUUGGCGCAUUAAAUUUAUGGAUAUAGGCGUUGGUGCAAGGGGAUCUUUGAAUGGAGUAGCAUAUGGUUAUUGUACUCAUUUGUAUAUUGGUAGCAUCAAUAGCCAGUGGGAGAGGGAUGAAAUUGUCCAUGAGUCGCGGCAAGCCCUUUAUAAGGGACCUCGCAUGGUGACUGACCUAUACUAUGAACAUGCCCUUCUGAUGGAGUUUGAUACACCAGAUGAUGCUGCUGUUGUAAUGGCCCAUCUCAGGUUUUUUCGUGGAGAAAAGAGUAAAUUUCACCUGGCAUCAAUCAAUCCUCCUUUGCCUCAUGAAGAUGGAGGAAGUUAUCCAGAGAGGCACCUUCAAGUACCUCCAUCGUCGAAACAGGAUAGUGGAUCAGGGGAUUAUGUGUCCCCCUUAAUGAGUACGGAUAACCAUUGUAAUUCUGUUCCCCGUGGAGCUACAUUUCAGCAAAACUGGCCUGUUUCUGGUAGCACUCUUGUAAAUUCUGCACAAGGAGGAACUCCUCCAUGUGUUCCCAUGCCAGCUCCAGGACAGCCUGCAGUGCCUGCUACUCCAACAUCUCAAAUUCCUCCAUCUCCGUUUGUUCAACAAUCCAUAUACCCUCCUCCAACCAGCUCAUGGGAUACAAGAUCUCUAAUCUCCCCAAGCGGUGAUGCUGUAGCAACAUCUUCACAGAUGCAGGGACCUCCACCGCAGCAGAUUUCAGGUCCAUACAUGCCACCUCCUGUGCUUCCAGUCUCUCAGACACAAGGACCUCAAGUUCAGCAAUAUGAUCAAGUGUACCCACAUCCGCCUGUAGGACACUCAUUACCCUGUGUAAUCCAGCCACCACUACAACAUCAAUCCCAGCCACCGGAACCCUUACCUGAAAUGAUGCCACCUCCGCCUCAAGCUCCACCACCUCCUUUGCCUCACUCACACCCACCUUUGGUUCCUCCUCCCCCUUGUUCAUCAUCAUCGUCCCCACACUUACCUCCAGUGGUCACACAGUUGUCUGGACUAGAGGCCUCCAAACAAAACAUAGGGCAACAUUGGCAGGGUGCUUUGUCGAAAAGUGGAGUUCAUUACUCCACCAUCAUUGCACAGAGACUGGAAUCAGACAUUUGCAAAUAUAUCAUUGCAUCUUCCGAGCCUGUGCAAUGGCCAGUUAAAUUGGAUAUGACCAAGCGCACGGAUAUGAAGCACGUAAAAGCUACUUUUACGAAUACACAACCACACAAAAGGGAGGUCUGUCAGCUAAGUCCCGCAACUUUUAGCGAUAGUAAAGGGCUCCAAGAUUUUAUAUCAUACUUGAAGCAGAGAGAUUGUGCAGGAGUGAUAAAGAUCCCUGCAUCAAGUCCCAUGUGGGCAAGGCAUCUCUUCAUUCUUCCCCACUCGCAAGAGACAUGUUCCUUACUUUCGGUUUCCCCGUCUUCCUCUGAAUGCUUGAUCGGUUUGGUUUUGCCCAAGGAUACAAACGCUGAGUGCUCAUGACAUAUAUCCCCUGGGACAAAGGAGAGUAAAUGAAAGACUUUCAUUGCUUAUGUGCUUAAGGUAGUAGUUCAAAUCACUCUGUAAAUGAACUUACUAGUGUAAUAAUCUCUCUCUUUCUUCUCCCUUUUGAGGGAACCAAUUGUAGAUUUGUUUAAACGAUUUUAGCUGUCGCAUCUUUCUCUAGAUAAAGUCAUAUAAAUUUUGUCAGGUUUUGUGUA